UCUGAGCUGGACGGACUGAAGUCACACACCGGGACGGUUUCCGCAUCACACAGAAGUCAGACGAAAUUGUAAAUCUUAAGGUGGAAACUGAUCUCAAUGAGACCUGGAAGCCUUCUUUUACCGGACUUUAAAUUACAGGACGUUUUAAGUAGAUUAUUUAUUUACUGAUCACGGUUUUUGUAACUUGUUCGACAAGUUUGGUCUGCACUUUGUUACGGAACAAAGGAUAUCAACACCGACCAGUUUUGCUGCGUUUGAUGACGAAUAUUAUUAGAAAAUAGGGCUAAAUUGUGUGUUUAACCCAUGCACUUUGCAUUGAAUAGGCUGAUUUCGGCUGCAUGAGUUGCUCUUUUGUUAUUGUAUUUGCAGAGUGAAGAUAUAUGUUCUUUCUAUAGCAGAGGCAGCAACUUUCUAGUAGCAGGAACCGAUUUAGCAGAGCAUUGAUCGUGUGCUUAGCUUGACCAAUCCGGUUAAAUUUAGUUUACUCAGGAAAAUGAUGCGGAUGCCUAAAGGCGUCUCUCCGGCAUCAGCUCGGCCAGUGGUGGGACUUGCUUGCUCUCAGCAGAAGAUGAAGGUUUUGUCCACCGGAGGAGUGAAGACCGAGUUCUUCAGCACCGGACUGUCCAGCCCUCCGAUGAGCACGGUACCGGCCGGAUAUUUCACCCAGAUCUGCAACACCGCCGUGGCCGAACAAAGAGCCAACAGCCUGUAUUCAACCCCCCACGGACCAGAGGCUAAACCCAUCAGAUCAUCCUCCGGGCGACUGCCGGCUAAGAGGAAGCUGGACCUGGAGGACCCUCUUUACCUGCCAGAGUUCCGAACACCAAAAGGCAAAAGCAGCAUCGCAGCCAGGAUACCAAGUCCAAGGACUCCAAAGUCUCCAGGUGAGCGGACACGGUACGACACCUCCUUGGGCCUGCUGACGAAGAAAUUUGUGGGUCUAAUUGCGGAGUCUCCUGAUGGAGUCCUCGACCUUAACUGGGCCACUGAGGUUUUGGAGGUCCAAAAGAGGCGCAUCUAUGACAUCACGAAUGUCCUGGAGGGAGUUCAGCUCAUACGAAAGAAGUCCAAGAACAACAUUCAGUGGCUGGUUGGAGAUGUAUUUGAGGGUGGUGCAAGUGGAGGAGAGAAGGCUUGCGCCCUAAGGAAAGAGCUCGGAGACCUGGAGAGAGUAGAGCGAUCUCUGGAUGAGCUGAUCCACUCCAGCACAGCUCAGCUCAAACAACUCACAGAAUAUGAAGAUAAUAAGAGAUUGGGCUAUGUGACAUAUCAGGAUAUCCGCUCCAUCGGCAGUCUCAGAGACCAGACAGUUAUUGCCGUUAAGGCUCCGGCUGACACCAAACUGGAGGUGCCAGACACGGCAGGGCAGGGGUCGUUACAGAUCUAUUUAAAGAGUAAGAAUGGCCCUAUUGAAGUCUACCUGUGUCCAGAAGAGGGUCUCGAAGAUGCUAGCCCGGUUAAAAGUGCUGUCACCCCUAAAAAGGAGUUCCCUCAACCACUCGGCCCUCCAUCCACAGCUCCAAGUUUCAGCAUCAAAGAGGAGCCUGCUGAAUCCAACAUAUCGACAGCAGCUCCAGCCACCUCCUCAGCCGCAGCCUCCACCUCUACUCUGCUGGACGUCGAGGGUCUGCUGGGUCUUCCCCCUAGCCUCCUCCAGAUCACGGAGGACCAGCUUCCUUGCACCUCCUUCACGCCAGACCCAAACACCCCCUUUGUCAGUUUCUCUCCACCUUUAGACCACGACGAUUAUCUCUGGAGCCUGGAGGAUGGCGAGGGUGUGUCAGAUUUCUUUGACACGUAUGAUCUUGGAGAACUGUUGAAGAGCUGAGAUGUAAGUGAAGGAAGGGGGGAAGGAAAUUUGGGGAGAUUUGGGGGAAAUAUUUAAUUGAAUGCCUUCGCGAGGUAGGAAAUAUUACACUAUGAAGCCAUCACUCUUUGUUUUUAACCAUACCUGGUUUAAUGUUAGUAAUUUCAAAGGAGUUCCCCUUUGUUAUUUUUAUAUAAGUAAAAUAAUUUGUACAUAAUUUUGUAAAAAUGACCAUUAGAAAACUGUUCAAAAAGCAGGAAUUGUGUCAUAUUUUCAAAUUUUGCUAAAAGAUAAAAAAAAAAAAAUUAACUCAUACAAACACAUGGGUUAUUAUGCAUAUCACAUCCCCAUUAACAAAAUGAAAGUUAUGCGUUUAGUUAUCAGGCGGUGUUUACAGUGUGACAACUCAGGAAUUUUUUCUUCCUCGUCUCCAAAGUCUAAAUGUUUAGUGCCACUCUUUGGCCCGUAGGGGGCAGCCUUGUAUUAUGUCAGCUUUAACUGCCAUGCAGCUUUACAUGACUCAAUCACCGGAUGAGAGUAAGCUAAAGCCACCAAAACCAAACACAGGGUGUGUUUUUAGGAGUCUGUCUACUUUCAACACUGAUAAAUUAAGCUGUGAAUGAUACCAGUCCUCGUAGAUCCUCCACAUCUACCUUUUGAACACACAGUAUCGUGUGAAAUCUCAUUUUUACAGUGCUCAUGUUGCUUCUGUCUGAUCAGGUUUCUGUCACCUGCCUUAAGCUUUAUAUAAUGUCAGGCCUUGUACCUGUUUGGUGCUGCGUUGUGUGCCAAAAUGUGACAGGCAGCUUGUGACACCCAAAGGUGGAACCAUAUCCAGAGUUAAAGGCUGAUAAUGGGUACUCUGUUAACACUUACACUCACUGUUGUUGGUUUGGCAGCUUUAUUUCAAAUCCAGGUGCUCCUCUAUUGAUAAGAGUUUGCUGAUUUUAAUAGUUUUUUUAUGUAGUAGUAUAAAACUACUAUUGUAUUUCUGAGGAAAUUACCCCAGAUAAAUGAAAUGCAACAUCUGUGUUGCAGGUGUGUUGGAAGCAAGGGGUUAAUUGAUGUAAUUAAGGUUUAAUUAGAGUAGCGAUUUGCUUUUCCUCUUGUUCAGAAAUGUUGAUUUAGGAGCUCAGAAAAAAGGAAUUUAUAUCCUUACUGUUCAAAUUUAAAGGCUAUGAAUGCUUUCCCACAUGUGGUGGUGCAGCUCGUUUAAAUGUCAAAGUCAUGUAGUUGUUUUUUCCUUCAAUGCGUUCCAGACAUUUGGAAAUUUGAAUUUCGUGCUGAUGUAUUUUUGGCUUUCCCUCUACACUGCAGAGAUAAGCUAACUGUCCUGUCCUAACAAAACUUGAAAAUGUGUGUUUGUGUGUGUAUUUGACAGCUUGGGAAAUGGGUUCCAUUGUGUGUUUGAGUGUGAGUUUUUACAGUGUAGGUUAGAGGAUGUGAAUUCAACAUUUGUAGGUUUUUUUUUAAUGAGCAUUAUUUUUCUGGUAUUUGUACAUAAUGAUUUU